CGUCUCCGCUCCUCCUUUGCAGCCAAUGGCACUAAGCGAGGUGGCUGCAUGUGGUGGCGCGGACCCAGCGCCCGGGCUGGGAGGAGAGGAGGAGGCAGCAGCUCUGCCGGCCACUCGCUCCCGUCUCCUGCUCUCCGGCUCCGGACCCUCCUGCCAGCGGCGGCCAGCAGCACUCCGCCCGCCCCGACCUGCCCCGCGUCCCCGCCGCUACCUGCAGCAUGGACUCCGACUCCGGGGAGCUCAGCGAAGGCGAGCUGGUCUCACCCGCAGGUCCUGACUGUUUCAGUUCCAAGAAUCUUGCCCUGCAAGCCCAGAAAAAGAUCCUGAGCAAAAUGGCAUCCAAAACCAUGGCUAACAUGCUGAUCGAUGACACAAGCAGCGAGAUCUUCGAUGAGCUGUACAAAGUAACAAAGGAACACACAAGAAACAAAAAGGAAGCCCAUAAAAUAAUGAAGGACCUGAUUAAAGUGGCAAUAAAAAUCGGGAUCCUCUAUCGAAAUAAUCAGUUCAACCAAGAAGAGCUGGAAAUCGUGGACAAGUUCAGGAAGAAGCUGAACCAAACUGCCAUGACAAUCGUCAGCUUCUACGAGGUAGAAUACACUUUUGACAGAAACGUUCUUGCAGAACUUCUGAAUGAAUGUAAAGACCUUGUGCAUGAACUAGUAGGUCGACACCUGACCCCGAGAUCCCACGGCCGCAUCAACCACGUCUUCAAUCACUUUGCGGACGUGGAGUUUCUAACCGCCCUGUACAGCCUCGAUGGGGAUUGCCGGCCGUACCUCAAAAAGAUCUGCGAUGGCAUCAACAAACUACUUGAUGAAAAGGUCCUUUGAAACUGCACUCGAAACCAAGAAACCAACCAAAAACUUCUCUCUAGAACUGGCCACUCUUCAUGAGCCCCGGUGAGCGAGCUCGCUCCCUUCCCACCGGCCUCCUACCCCAGUGUCCAGCGCGGGCCAGAACGUGCUCACCAGGCUCGUGAUGAUGCGGAAAACCCAAAUCAGAAAGCUAUUCAUUUUAAUGUUCUGUUCAGAUAAUUCCGUCUUUUCCAAGGAGGGGAGUGAACAAGGCUGCUGAUACAUAUUGUUCAGAAACAGAUUGCUGCACGCCGUGAUCUUACUAGCUUUGUGUUCAAGGCUGAACACAUGGAAAGAAAGUAAACUCAAAUGCAUGGAUAUGUACAAAUAGACAGGUGAAGGCAAACAAGCAAAGCAUGGAAUUUACCCCCAGGCUGCCCUUGGUGCGUAUGUUGUUUUUAUUUCCAUAAUGGCCAAAAAAGCUUAGACAGAAAGUAGGGCUGGAAUGGAUUAAGCUCACUCCUUUCAAAGGGAUCGGGAAUCAAUAUCAGAAGCCAUCUCUGAUUUUUUCAUAGUAUUUAAGUCUAAUAGGAAAACAACAAAUAAUACAAACGCAGUAGAAGUGGGAGAAAAUUGGAAGAGCUGCUCUACGAAGCGGUAGAUUCAUUAGAGUUUUGUUUUGUACAUGCUAAUAACAAAGAGAAGGUUCCAUUUGAUUCUUGAAAAGCAGCUCGGUGGUUCAGGCUCAAAGGCAACCAGAAAACCAGGCGAAAUCCAUCAGUUCCCCACGAUCAGGGUUUGUGCACUUGGUGACAUCAGGUGAGAUGAGGCCGGAGGUUGUGCUGCUCUUUGUGCUUUUCCCUUUGCCUGCCAGAACAAAACAUCCCUUGGAAAGGCGCUUGCGAAGAGGAGCACAACUAAGACACGAACCGACGAUUACAACCUCAUCCUCAAAAUAUUCAGCCUAGAUAAAACUCUCGGUUUAACAUGUCCGUGAUGUUAAUUUGUGCCUACGGUAACAGAGAUGUGAUUAAAAAAGAACCUCAUGGGCUACACUUGCAGUGCCACCUGAGUAUAGAGUAUCCACAGCGGUCUUAGAAGUGCCAUAGGGACUCAGGUGAGCUCUGUCUGUCUGCUGACCCUCAGUGUCAUGGACACAGCAGACAAUCCCAAUAUCCAGAGGUAACACCUUCCAUAUCACAUAUAUUAUAAUACAGAAAUGCAUGUACUUGAAAACUGACAAAGAAAACACAUUUGAAAGCCAUUCCUCUCUAAGGCAGACUUCCAGUGCUGAUCACCUAUUACUUAGGAUAAGAAAAGUGUUUCUCAUUUAAAUUCUUAAAUGCUACAGUGGCAGAGAAAACUGCUCAAAGUUUUAUUCUUCUUCUGUCUUGACCCCAGAAUAACUAUAUUGUCUCUCUUGCAACAACAAUUUGGUCAUCAGACCUUUAUACAUCAGAGAAUAGACACACUCAGGUCACGGAUUCACCAGGGUUGUGCUAGAUAUGUUUCUAUCUGUUCCCAGGAGAAACUCAUUUUGGAGGGCGGUAAAAACGGCAGCACAAGACAUUACCAGAGCAGUUUGUAAAGACGCAAUUUUCUUCACGUGUUUCCUUUCACUAUAAAAAGUAUAUUUAGUAGCAAUGAAGGUGAACAAUUCCUCUGCAGCACAGUAAUGAAAUACCAACCUGCGGGGCUGCACAUUCAGACACUUGCAGAGCCAUAUUUAUAUGCACCAUUAGCUGCAUUCUUUUUCCAAGCACGUAUUUGUCAAUUGACGCUUUUGAACAGUAUUUAUUGUACCCAACACUCCUGUCCCGGCGCACACGUCGGAUUCUGUGUGUUUGUUUCACUUGUGGCAAACAAACUUCUUUUUUCAAAGCCAGAGAAGAGAUUAUUCACCAUUCGAGAUGCCCAAAGGAACGGGACAUCCUGUAUCCGCGACUUUCUUCUUGUGUGUUGCAAGUAUCAAUAUUCAGAUUCUGGUAUUUUAGAGAAAACAGCUGAACAUCUGUUGUUCUAUUUAUAAAUCUGAGUAGCCUUAAGGAAAGAGAAUGUUUUCAAGUAUUUCUCAUACUUGCAUAUCCUGUAUAUUCGUUGUUUACUUUUGUACUCGUAGCUUGGUAUGUAACAACAUUGCUGAAAUCCGGGCAAUGUUCAGGUCACCUUAAGUAUAUGAUGUAUUAUCAUAUUUGUGGAUUAAAAAUGUGUGAUUACUGCC